GGCCGAGCCCGCGAACAAACACCAUGGAUAUCUCGAGCAUGCUCGAAGUACAGGUGAAGGAGGAAACGGACGUUAAGGAAAACGUAACACCAGGACAAGAUCAGGCAUCCAGCACGACCAGCACAGUCCCACCAAUUUCUCAGGAGGAGAGCAAUUUCUACAAGCUUAUGUUCAAAAAUGACAUUUCAUCCGUGCGAUAUCGAAGACUCCAUUGUACAGCUUGUGAUAUGCAUAUUGGUUCUGCUCCAGCUCAGAUCGAUAACAUGUUUGAACAUCCUGUGCUUCGCACAUUGUUAUGUGCGAAUUGUCGUGAAUUUUAUGGAGAUGGUAGCUUUGAACAAGGUGAUGAUGCUACAGAUAUGUUCUGUAGAUGGUGUGCAAAUGGUGGCAAUUUAUAUUGCUGCUCAUAUUGUAGUAAUACAUUCUGUUAUAAAUGUAUAAAACGAAAUUUCGCUCUUUCGAUAAGAAAAAAAAUUGAAGCGGACGAAAAAUGGAAAUGUUUUGUAUGCAAUCCAACUGAUUUAUAUAGCGCAAGGGGUAUAUGCUGGGCUCUACUUGAAUAUGUACGGACAAUGACAAGGAUAAUACAAAAUGAUAAAGAUUUAAGCGCCUCCGAGAUUGAAGCAAAGAUGAAUUUGGAUGAAACACCCUGUUGCCCACGUAGGAGGAAACGUAAGCGUCGAAGAAUGGAAUCCAAUUCCGAAGAAGAGGACGAAACAUACAUACUUGAGGAGGAAACCAGUAAACCAAUUAAGAAAUUGCCAGUUAGAAUCAAAGCAAACGGCAGAGUUGAAAAACCAGUUUUUGUGAGAGUAAAAUCUGCGCCGAUUCCCAUCAGACCACGUCCGUCUUCGUAUUUGACUGGCCCAUCGCAAUCUACGAAUUGCGAAAGCUCAUCAGAGAGCAUCGUCGUUCCAUCGCCUAGCGUGAUAAAUUCAAAUACUUCAUUACCAUCGAGAUACGAUUCUAAUGUAUUGCAGCAGCCUCCUCUGUACCAUACAACUUUUAUGAACAGCGCAGGAUCUAACACUUACAUACGAACACCCGCUAUAGUGAAUCCUACGACUCGGAAUCGGAUUAUUCUUCCGGCACCACCACCGCCGCCAAUACAGUCAUCAACCUCGUAUCAAAUGCCGCCGCCACCGCCAGUAUCAACCCCGUAUCAACAGCCACAGUCGCUUCAGUCUUCACAAAACACAAUGGUGUCUAUACCUAAUCCGACAGACAAAAGUGGCAGAUCGGUCUAUCUUCUUCCGAAGCGGAGAAAAGUGAAUCUAACAUUGACUCCCAAUAUAAUUGAUCUCGAUAGUGAUUCCGACGACGAGCCAAGAGUCGUUCAACAACAAAAUAAUCCAACAGUCAAUGGGGACGACGACAUGGAUGUUGUAGAUAUUUCGCUCGACAAAGUGGUACCUGUGGCUCUCACUUGGGAAAAUAGCGACGAUGAUGGCGUAAAGGAGGAACAACCUCUGCGAGAAAUGAGCUCGACUUUGACAAAGAAUGUCGCUUCUUUCAGUGAAAUAAUGUUGCCGUACAGUCAAGAACUCGAUAAACUUUUAAGUGACGUGAAAGAAAAAAUGUAUUGUUUUUUCGAUUUAAAUAACGCGAUACAAGACGUUGAAGUGGCAGCCCAACAGAAGAUUAAGCAGUUCUAUUGGAAUAUGCGCAACACAGUCCUCCAAUUAACGAAUAUCAAUGAUAGGAUAGUGCGCGAGUACAACGGAUGGUGGAGGUCUCAAAAGACAGAAACACAACUUGCAGAAAUGCAGUCUUCACUAGAUGAAAACGAAUUAGCGUCCCAAGAAAAUGUAGAAAUUCCUUUAGAUAUGAUCUGUGUUAACGAUUCUGAUACCGAAUCCGAUUAUGAAGGAUCGGAAUAUCGAAUUAAGAAACCAUCCGAUCUUGUUAAAAGUGGCAAUAUUAUUGAAAACUUGUUAUUUUCUAAAAAAACAGUUAUACAUCGUGGCACUGGUGAUGCUAAAGUGCAUUUGUCUGUGGACAAAACAACUCAAGUGUACAACAUCCCAAGAGAUUAUGAGAAAUGUAUCUCUUAUUCUAUGUUGACAAAAUCUAAUAAUGAUUCAAAAGUGGACAAUAGUGUCUUGAAACAAAUGUCACCACCAGACAAAAAUUUUGGUAAAUAUGAGGAACAGUUUAUAUUUUAUUUGCAGCACAUCGAAGAUCAUGGCUUUCAGACAGAAGAUGUAGAAAGUUUUGAAGACUCGCAUGAAAUACCGUUUCAAGAAUUGAUAGAAACAAAUUCAUCAUUUAUUUCACAUUUACUUAAAAAUACCAAUUCAACUGAUAUAUCUACUGAUAUAUCUACUGAUGAAUCGAAAAUUUGUGAAAAAGAAAAAAGUGAGAAAAAUAAUUUAAAUGAUCAUAUUAAUGCAAUAAACGAUAUGACUGAUACGUUGAAAAGUACAAUUAAUAAUGAUGACCAAAAGAUUCUUAAUGACUCAGAUUCUGAUAUUACAAUACAAAAAACAAAAAAUAUCAGAAUACAAGGAAUGAUUCUACUUGAUGAAAAAUUACAAAAUACUCACGACAAUGUAACAGAUGGAGGGACGACAUCGAUAAUGUCAAAUAAUGAAGAUCCAAAAUCAGGCACAAUUGUUAAUAAUACAGUAAAUAUGGAAACAACUACUUCAAAGGGAAAUGAGGAUGAUUGUACUAUUAUCGAUGAUUAAUGAGAGACAUUGUUUAUCAAUGUGCAGUUCAUCAAAUUCUAAUGAUUGCAAUUAAUUUGCAAUUCACAAAAACGCGUUUUUUCAUUUCCAAUUUUUUAUCUUUUGAAUAUUUUAAUGUGUCAGAAAUAAUUUACAUUGUAUAAAAGUUGUAUAAUAGUUUAUCUUGAACAUGAUUGUAAAGAUAUUUGAUCUAGAAAAAUCAAAUAAAGAGCUUGUUUCUAAAAG